AUGCUGGCUUUACGUAGAUUUGCAGCACGAAGAGGCAUUCCAUCUGUCUUUUAUUCAGAUAAUGCUAGAACAUUUUUGGGUGCAGCUCGUCAACUUCAGCAAGAAUAUGGUCCACUGUCUCCUCAGUGGAAAUUUAUUUCCCGUUCUCCAUGGUGGGGAGGUUGGUGGGAACGUUUGAUUAGGUCUGUUAAGUCUGCUUUGAGGAAAACAAUAGGUAUUAGAAGUCUGUCUAGAAUUGAGCUUGAGACCACUCUUCAAGAAGUUGAGGCUUGUGUAAAUUCUAGACCUUUGACCUUUGUUGGAGAUGAACCUGAUGUUUCAAAUCCUUUGACACCUUCACACUUUCUCACUGGACGUAAUGCUGGACUCCAACUUGAGAUUAGUGAUCAACCUUCAUAUGUUACAGGAAAGGAUUUAAUUAUCCGAGAAAGUGUUCGCCAGCAGCAACUUGAUAGAUUUUGGAAAUUAUGGAGCAAUGAUUAUCUGAGAAAUUUGCCGCCUGCUGUGAAAGGAUUUGUGCCAAAUUGCAAUGUAAAAAAAGGUGCUGUUGUCCUAGUCAGAGAAGACCAUGUUCCUAGGCUUAAAUGGCCAUUAGGUGUAGUUACUGAAGUAUUCCCUGGUAAUGAUAAUAUUAGGAGUGUCAGGGUUAAAACUGACAAAGGAACAGUCAGUAGACCAGUGCAGAAGUUGCAUGAUCUUGUAAAUAUUGCAGAAGUUGCAUGA